GCUGGAGGGGGCGGGGCGGGACAUACGGUGGCCGGGACGGGGUUCGGGAGCCGCGAUCAGGAUGCCCGUUUAUGAGGCGGGAGAGUUAUGAGCUCGAAAGGCAAGAAGCGGGUGGUUCUGCCGACCCGGCCUGAACCACCCAGCGUGGAACAGAUCCUUGAGGACGUCAGGAGCACCCAGCCAUCUGAUCCCAUGUUUGUCCUUAUAGCAGAGUCCAAUAAAGACUUGCCAGCCCCUAGGAAGAAGGAGGAGUCUGAAGUGAUGAGCGAGCGCCUGUACCAGCAGAGUCAUUCUUACGUAGAGAUGAACCACCGGCUGCAGAAGGCCUGCAGUCUGCUGAAGGAGAAGUGCGAAGAGCUGAAGCAGGCGGGCGCGACUUUGGAACAGAAUAUCGUGGAAAUUAAGGAAAAGGCCUUGUGAGGUUGUCGGGCCUCUCUGGAAUGCCGAGACGCUGGGAGCAGAGACAAAAAGCUGGCCCAGGAGGGUUUGUGCUCGACAGUAAAAAGCCCCACCUCCUAGUCCUGACGCACUUCUCAAUGUGCGUUCAACUUUCACAGACGUCCCCAGUGUGGCUUCUUGUUUCUGUACCCAAAUCAUAGGGCCAGAAAGCCACCCAGCCAGUAACCCUGGUGUGCGCUUUGAUUUAAUGGAAGAUCUGGCACUGCUGCAUCUUGCCUGGAAUCUCCAAGAACCCGCCAAGCCUCAUGAAUGCAGCUUCACAAGAGUCGCCCCUCAUGCUCAUUGGAAACACUAGGGGGUAUGUGGGGGGGGGGUUCAUCUUUAAAGCUAAAAAUGCUCCAGGAUUUGCCUCCUAAUCUCUUCCCAGUGAACAGCCCUGAUCUCGUUGCUCAUGUUUGGAAGGGACUCUUGGACCAGGCAUUUCGUUGAGCCAUUAGGAGAACCUGAUGCCAAUUUCCAAAUGGCAAGCUUGAACCUGACCUGGCUGGGGUAAGCGUGGGCUCCGGGCAGCUGCUGGCUUUUCGUAAGCUGCGUGUCACCGUCUCAGGUGCCCAUGGUGACUGUUGGCAUGACGUCCCCCUCGCCCUCCAGGUUUACCUACGAUUUCUCCAUCUGGUACUGCCUCCAUGACGACAGUAUUGCUUCCUGCAUCUCCAUGUUGCUGAAAAAGCAAGGCCUCCGGGGUUAUGACGAGCACCAGGACCAAGUGGCAGGGACAUCCAUUCUCAUGACAGCCGCAGAGGUCAUCCAAGCUAGCAGGGUCGCUAUCGUCAUCUUGUCGGCCAGCUCGCUGGACGACCCCUGGUGUCAGCGCGUCGUGGAGUGGAACCUGCAUCAUGUGAUAGAGCAGGAGGGGACGAGGAUGAUCCCGAUUUACGUGGACGUGGAGAAAGAGCAGGUGCCUCUGGUUUUAAGGCAUCUUAACGAACUCGACUACAGAAACAAAUUCUUCGAGCGGAGGCUGCUGGAGAGCUUGAAAAGCAUCAUGCCUCCAGCUGGCCGAGCGAGGGCUGGGCGCCCCUCCAAAGCGACCAGCGCCAAAAGCAGAGCCAGCCGAUAGCAACUGGGACUUAGCAGCAGCAGCGCUGCCGCUGCGUGGAGAAACUGAGCCCCGGGGACUUGGCUUUGGUUGAUUCCUGCCAGGAGUGAUGCGGCGUGUCUUGCCCUGUUCGUUUGGCAUCCGGGGUUUGCUGUGGGCCCGUUGCGGUGUUGGCAGUGAACUAAUCUGCUUGGCUUUGUGCCUAGACUUGACGGUGAGAAGACUUAGAAAAUAAAGUUGUUGCUGGUGGGAGUUUGCCAUUAAAAUGCCGUGGGAAUCUAUAUGGAAUGUGAUCCAAGGCUGCUCGUAAAUCUCAUUAUUUAAUAAGCUCUUAUUAAAAUCCAGUCCUCAGAAAACUGAACGGACGAGUCUUUGUUAUGAGAGGGGCUGGGUAGGGAUAAGAUCAGAUCCUGCUGGGAGCCAUAAUGAGCUGUAAUCUCAGCUCUGACCCUGGCACCCCCUAACCCCCACCCAGCUUUUCACUGGCUGUGUCUGCCCUGGUAACUAACUGGUCGUCUCGCAAGGCUUUGCUACAGUGAUGCAGCUCACACUGGGCCUCUGGGAGCCCUGUCUGCACUAGCCGUUCCCAGUGCAGAUAGCAACAGAUGGCGAUGUCCCUAAAACUGCUGGUGUAAAGUAGGCCUGUGCCUCAGUUUCUUUCCAUCUGUGAAAUGGGUGUAACAAUGCUCCCCUGUUUUGAAGGGGAGGGGGAGUUGUGAGCACUAGUUAAAGUCUUUGAUUUCUUUGGAAGUCGUAAUAACCCCUUGUCCUUAUUUAGUGCUUUUCAGCACCAGAGCUCAAAGGAGGUCAGUCUCUUUAUCCCCAUCUUGUAGAUGGGGAAACUGAGGCACAGGGAGGGGGCGUGACUUGCCCGAGGACACAACUAGCACGCUAGUGGAAGAGCUGGGAAUAGAAUUUAGGUCUCUGGAAACCCAGACCCUUGUUCUGUCCACUAACUAAGUACCGUGGACCUGAAAAGCCUGAGCACUUUCCUUCAGAUCUCUGCUAGCACCUGGGUGUUGGCUCCACCCCAAUUUGCUCAUUGGGAUGUUGUGCUCCCUGCAGUUAAGACUCUUCAGUGAGCGUUGGUGGUUAAGACCUGGGUUUUACAUCUCAGAAAGAGCAGCAGAGCUCCGGGAGAGGAAUUGUUUUAUUACAUGCUACAAGCCCCAGCAGAGCUUCUUGCACGGGCUGGGUGCGGGGGAGGCGGUCAAAGGGGCAUGUUGCAGUCGGUCACAUAAGUGGUUGCGAAAAUGAAGGUAGCGGCGUAUCUCUUUAUCAUGACAAGGUCCAGGGCUGUGCAGUGGCUGAGAGCUGGUGCAUGGGUGUGACAGGGUGACGGGGGUUGGGCGAUGGGACUCUACGCUACAAACGUAGCUGGAUCGGGAAUGGUUCCAGCUUUGUAAUCAUGUUUGUGCCUAAAGAUGUGCUCCUGAGCGAGGAGUGCAAUAGAGAGGGAGUUAAGUGGCCUGAAACGGCAGGGGAGCAGUUUAUCUCUCUUACUUCUGUCAGGGCGUGUGGGCUGGGGGAUUAGGCCAUGUGUAUGUGUGGGGGGUUGUUGAGUAGAAUGUCACAGAGGUGUGGGAAUCUGGCCCCAAAGCUUUCAGGAAGCAUGUCGUGUAUUAGGCUUGUUUUUACACACUCGCUCUUGAGGGCUGAGUUCCUGUUUUUAUGGGGGUAGCGAGGUGAGCACAUGCUGUGUGGCAGCUCCUCUCCUCUCCCUGCCGGUAGCCUUGGCGUGUUUCAGCCGUUGGCACUCAGCUUCUUCCUCCCUCUGAAACAUCUCCCAGCCCCAGCGCGGCAACACUUUGCUUCCAGUGCCAUCCAGUUCUCACAAGCGGUGAAGAAAGGCCCUCGCCAAGGCGGUGGGUGCGACAGCCGCCUCCCGAGAGCCCUUUCUCCGCUGCAGAGGAGAUGUGACUGCGCUCAGGGAAGGAGCGGGGUGUAUAACUACGAGCGGAAAUCCCCCCCGGCAGAAGCGGUGGGGCGACGACUUCUGCAGACAGCUCAACGUGGCGGCAGCAUGAAGGCAGAUGGGAAAUUCCUCUUCCUGGUGCUGCUGCUCCUCCCCAUUGGGAAGACUGCAGGCCAGCUCCAGUCUUCGAUCAUUGGAGGCCGCGAAGCAUUGCCUCACUCCAGGCCCUACAUGGUGUCUAUCCACAAAGGAGGCCUUCCCGCCUGCGGGGGAGUCCUAGUCCACGCCCGCUGGGUGCUGACUGCU